CUCCCCCAUUGUUUUUCGUUGAGCUGCCUGGGAGAGACAGCUUAGCUUGCGAUCUUUCGUCUCUUACUUCGUCUUUGUCCAUUGGCUGGCGAUUCAUCAUUCCAUCCGCGGUGUGUGCCUGCCCUGUCUUUCAGUGCGCGACAGCUUAUUGGCCAAUCGCACGACGACCGCUUCGCAUCUCAACAUUGCGUCUCAUUCCGCCCUGGGUUCAAAAUCAUGGCUGGAGUUAAGAACGAGCCUGAGAACAACCCCGGUGGCAGCAGGGGCCUAUCUCCAGCGACUCAUUACCCAGAGUACUCCAGGUGCUGACGAUAAUGCGUUUAUCAAGCCCGAGCCAGAGGUCUACUAGGCCAUCAGUACCGCACCUUUGCUUUGCUUUUCCAAUGCGGGUUGGUGUGUACAACCUCAAGGGUCAACUUGCAGAAAUCUCGGUUUGUGUUGCUACCUUUUUUGUUUCAUUACAGAUGGGGUUUUUGAUGAUUGGUCAUUUUCUUCUGUGGACUUGAAGCACUAUGUUUGAGGUUGCCUUCAGCUUUUUCAUCAAUCAGUCGGACAUUUCUACACACUCCGCCACUUUGUUCACAUACCUUCUGUCGCUCAUCUUGAUAAUUGCAAUGUAAUUUGUUCAUGUCCCACUACCUUCCGAUAACUUGAUGUGCCCGUCAGGUCAUCGGACACCACCUCUCCUUGCUUCUCAGUAGGUUGUGAGAAAAUCGAGGGGACACUUGAAGUAAAGGGCUGUCUGCCAUCUUUUGGCGCACCUGUAGGGCUUCUGGUUCGUACGCAUAGUUCAGUGCUCUGGAGCCAGGCUGUUUAGACCCUAACCCUGAUUGAUCAGUCUUCUGAAGCUACAACCCCAGCAUGUUCGGUUCAGCGCGCUCCAACUGAACAACCACGCACAUUAGCAAUCCAUGACCAUGGCGCACAUGAAGAAUCCUCUCGCAACACCCGAUCAGAUAUUUCGCCGAAGCUCAUUGGACUCGCCCCCUACCGAACUUCGAGAUGCGAUAUUUUUCUCGGCCCAGUGCCUUACCCAAGCAGCUGGCAUCCUCCUUCAGCUCCCCCAGUCCGUCACCGCGCAAGCCAAUGUCCUCUUGGCGCGCUUCUGGCUUAUAGAACCAAUUAUGUCACAUGAGUUCAGCGACGUAUCAGCAGCUAUUCUCUACACGGUCGCCAAAAUCAGUCCCUGCCCUUGCACGCCCAGGGAUCUAUCCAACGUCUAUGCCUACCUCCUCUCGAGCUCUUCCACGUUCCUAUCUCCUCCUGGCAGCAACCCACCGAAGAACAUCCCAGAUGACUACUACCAAUCCGAAACCUCCUACCAGGCUUUCCACUCGCGGAUCCUGUCGCUGGAGCACCUCAUCCUGUGUUCGUUGUCGUUCGACACGACGGUGUCGUUGCCGCAUCCCCUCGCGAUUACAUACCUCCAGUCAAUGGACUUUUUGUAUGUCCCCAAGGAGAAGAUCACAAGGAGGGUGGUCGAGUAUUUGAAUACUGCUUUGCUGUCACCGCAGUUGCUGUGCCUGACGACUCAACCCAACGGGCUGGCAGUGGCGGCGAUUUACAAUGCGGCGAAGGAUUUGGGAGCCAAGAUGCCGGAGUGUGAGUGGUGGGAGGUAUUUGAUGUGGAUAGAGAGGAUCUGGGGUUCUUGGUGGUUGGGAUGAGAAGUUUGGAAGGGUGGGUUGGGGGUAUGAUGGGGGAGGAAGGGGUGUUGGGGAAAAAGAAAAGGGGGGGGAUGAUAACGAGAAAGGAGGUGAGAGAUAUUUUGGGGGGGGACAGGCCGCCGCAGGAGGAGGAGGAGGAUCCAGAAGUUGUGAUGGCGAGGAGGAUGGAUGAGAAGAUGAGGGAGAUUGAGGGGGAUGCCGCGUGA